GAAAAGUUGUCAGCACUGCUUUGUAAAAACAAAACAUAAUUUUAUUGCUGUUAAUUUUUGCUAAUUAUUGUUAAAAAUAAGAUGAGCACCGCUGUUGAAGUGGUGGGUAAGGCUUCGGCGAAGUCCGCCAAUUACUUUGUCAUGGAGGCGGCGUUUAAGGAUGCUCUAGAAAGGGCCAUCCAGCAAAACAGCGUGGAGCUGCUGGUAACGGCUUAUAACAGUUUCAAAGCUAACUACGAGCACGACAAGCGCCUGCCCAUGGACCAGGCGUUCCGAGUGCUGCUGAUGCAUCGACUGGACGAGGAUGUACAGCACAUAGGCGACCUAGUGCGCCUCUCUGUGAAGGCCACACGCGCCGAGAUAGUAUCCACCACCAUUCCUGUGGUGCUGCUAAUGGACACUUUCGAUGUGGUCACGCUGGACAAGUGCCAGGAGAUCUUCUGCUUUGUCGAGGAGCUGGUGGACGUGUGGAAAGAGGAGAUCUUCUUUGCCUCGUGCAAAAACAAUAUCUUGCGCAUGUGCAACGACCUGCUCCGUCGCUUGUCCCGAACCCAGAAUACCGUAUUUUGCGGUCGCAUUCUGCUGUUCCUCUCAAAGUUCUUCCCCUUCUCGGAGCGAUCGGGCCUAAACAUCGUUUCCGAGUUUAAUCUGGACAACUUAACGGAGUAUGGGCGGGAUGGCAAGGAUAGUCAGGACGACACUGACAAGGAGUUGGAGGAUACGGCCGAGGACAUACCCCUUAAGAUUGAUUACAAUCUGUACUGCAAGUUCUGGUCGCUACAGGACUUCUUUCGUAAUCCCAGCCAGUGCUACAGCAAGGCGCACUGGAAGAUGUUCCAGACGCAUGCUGAGACCAUCCUGCAGGCAUUUUCGAGCUUCAAGCUGGAGGAUGUGCGUUCUAGUGCCAGUGACAACGCCAGCGAUGCUGAUAGCCAGUCGAUGGACGUUGAUCUUGAGACCACCGACUCUGCAGCUUUAGCGACCGCCGUGAUCAAGACAAAUAACUUUUUUGCAAAGUUCCUGACGAAUCCCAAGCUACUAGCCCUCCAGCUCUCCGACUCCAAUUUCCGUCGUGCUGUCCUGCUGCAGUUUCUCAUUCUCUUUCAGUAUCUGCAAGUCGCUGUUAAGUUUAAGGCCGAAACUCACACCCUGACCACCGAACAGAUAGACUUUAUCAAGGACUUGGAUUCGCGCGUUUAUAAGUUAUUAGAAGAGACACCGCCAUAUGGCAGGCGGUUUGCUCGCACGGUCCACCACAUGCUGAUACGAGAGGAAAUGUGGAAUAACUGGAAAAACGAUGGUUGCAAGGAGUUUAAGAAGCCAGAGGAGCCGGUCGCUAAUGAGGAGGAAGUCAAACCACCACCGGCUAAGAAGUCCAAGCGUCCCUUGGGCGAUGCUUUGCGCGAUGCUGCCCGCAAUGGGAAGUUCUUUUUGGGCAAUGAUAAUUUGACACGCCUGUGGAAUUACUCUCCGGAUAACCUUCAGGCCUGUAAGAGCGAGCAGCGCAACUUCUUGCCAUUACUGGAGACCUAUUUGGAGACACCGCAUGACAAGGUCGACCCCGGCUUUGAGUGGAGAGCUUUGCGUCUACUCGCUCGCCAAACGCCACACUUUUUUACCUCACUGUCUCUGCCAUCAAGCAAGACCUCCGAUUAUUUGGAGCAGGUGCGCAAGCGUCUUAUUCGUGACAAGGAACCGAAAACGGUGGCUUUAACAUCAAGCAACUCUUUGGAGCACAAUAAUGGCCUGGCAGCCAAUCAUGGCAAUACAGAGGGCGAGAAUUUUGCUACAGAGUCACCAGAUUCGCCUGCUGAAGCCGAGCCGGAUCUCGAAGUAGACGAUACUGAGCCGGUGGUCGAUGAGGCGUUUGAACCCGCAGCCUAUGAGAAGCCUUUAAUGGUCACAAAAGAGCAUAUCGAAGAGGUGGCCCCACUGAUUGGCGAGCCCUGGAUGAAGGUGGGAAAGAAAAUUGGAUUCACAAAUGAUGAGUUACUUUUCUUCCAAAUGGAGCACCCCGUUGCUAACGUGGCUUGCAUAAAAAUGCUAAACAACUGGAUUUCUGACGACGAUGAUGCCACCCUGGACAACUGGGCAUACAUGCUCGAAGGCUUGGAAAUGAACAAGGCGGCCGACGCGGUGAAGGCCAUUAUUGAGCGCGAAAGGUCAGGGUCAACCGCACCGGUGCAAGCCGUGACAAAUGCCUCCGAUGACAACGACGUUGAGGUCUUGUCCGACUAGCACAUCCAUACACGCGGACCAAUCCAAAGGUACACACUACACAUUCGAUUCUUUUCAAUCAUCAAACUUCUUUAUCACAAGUAAAAAUAUGGGCAUGUUUGUCCACUGUCAGACCAGA